UUGAUUAUUUAAAAAAUUAGACAUGAUGGAGUAAAACGAGUUAUGGAUUUAGAUUCAAAGACUCAAAAUCCGUAAAAAAUACCUACUCUGGUUUCAGUAACAAAACAAAAAUUUUAUUUUAUGGUUCUGUGUAAUUUAUUAUAUUUGAUAGUAAUAAAAAUUUCAUAAAACUGGCGCGAACUGAGGAAAAAUGGCGGGCCAAUCAGAGGUUGCUGUCUUAUGUCCAGAGAGUCUCUACUUCGCAGCAGCGUGCAUUGUGCAUCGCAUGAUCAGCAAAAGCACGCAACGAAACGAAUCUGUUAAAGAAACCAAAUCAGUACGAAAACACAUCGUGUGCUGUGUACUUUGUAUUGCUUAACCUGGUGCCAAUUGCCAAUCCAAUUACCGAAGUAGCAUUAAAUCAAACGUAGUUGCGAACAUGUCAUAAAUUUCGUUUGGUUUAAUUUUAUCGAAUUAGUUCAAACAUAAGGAAAUAUCGUGUAAAAAUCGGCGCGUAUAUGUGUAUGAAACGUUGGAGAGGAAAGUGAUUUCUACUCAAUAUUCUCGCCAUAAUUGUCAAAACACACAGGAAAGAUGGCGGAGCAGAGUGACAGGAGUCAAUUACCGCCCGGUUGGGAAUGCAGAUACGAUAUUCGCAGUGGUCGUCCAUAUUUUAUAAACCAUUUUAAUCGUACUACAACAUGGGAAGAUCCAAGAGUGAGAUACUGGCAGUAUUCUCAAUAUAUACAAUCUCAGAACUCGAUGGCUUUGAGUUCAGCUACUACUACUACUACUUCUCAAGAUAUUCCUAUGCAGAUUGGAGGAAGCGGAAGUGGUGGGCACUUAAGUUAUGUAGGUGGUCAUAGAGCUCCACAAAUUUAUCCGACACCGUCCCCUUAUCAUAAUCCACAACUAGCAUUUUUACCUCCCAGCGCACAGGAGCUGAAAACACCACUAUCGCUGAAAUCUACCAGUGCAGUGACAACUCGAUUUGGCGAUUUAACUUUAGAAUCUCCGACUCCAGUAAGAAAUACAGAGACAAGUUUUACUCAAAACUCCGAUUCUGAAUCACAAGUGGCAAAAAUCAACGCUGUAUUUCCGACAGUUUCCGAUACGCAUAUUCGUCUUUUACUGAAAAAAUACCAUAACAGAGCAGCUUUGGUCAUGAGUGCCCUUCAAGUGGAAAAGAAUCCUCUUUGCGCCCCGGGACCGUGUACACCUGUAGGAGUGCAUUCAAAUUAUACAAUCCCGAGAUGGCGUCUACCAGCUCAUACUAUACAUGCAGCACUAACAUUGAGUCCGCCUCGCGGAGUUCGGCCAGCCCCUAACUCCCCAAAAAUGAAACUUAGGUAUCUGAAAAGUAUAUUUCCAAAUGUGGACGAAACAAUAUUAUUGGAUAUAUUAGAACAAAGUGAUAACAAUGUGCAGAAGGCAUCUGAUAAACUAAUCGAUUUAGGAUAUGAAAAACGGAAUCCUAUUUUUCCUCCCAAGGUUGUUCCAAAAAAGAAAGAAGAAGAAGAGACAAACAAUGAGCCAACUGUUCCUACACCUCCUCCACGCAUGAAAAGUGCGGAAGAAAAGAAUAUAUUGAAGAAGCGUUUGACGGAAAAAUAUAAAAUGGUACCAGAUCGAGUAGUAAUGCUUGCCAUGGAUAGUGUAGAUUAUGAUGAAGAAAGAGCAAUACAUAUAUUAGAUAUAGUAGUAGCAGAGGAAGCUACUCGUCCGCUAUGUACUUCUAGUAGUCAAAGCAGUAAAAGUACCGAACGAAAAGAUAGUCCGCCAGUGACGGAAGCUAUAAAAUUCAGUGUUUCUCCAAUUAAAAAAAUAAACAAGGAUGCGGAGACUAAAAAGUCGAAACGGUCGAAAAAUAAGACAGAGAUACCGAAAGUUUCACGUGGAACUAGUACUACAGAGGACAAAGAAUAUAAAUCCCCAUAUCUAAUAAAACCAGUCGGAUCAAACUCGGAUUUAAUAAAAGGAGCAAAUAAUGAUUUAUUGUUGCCAGAUUAUGCGCCAUGGUCGGGGCCAGAUGCAAGUUUGCUGUGCAAACAACCAUUUUCAAGGUCACUUGCGAUAGGGCGUGAUGCAGGUUUACUUUCUACAAAUAAUUGCCUCGCUAAAGGUCCGCAGUCCGAAUUACGAAAAGGACCAAUAAGGGGAUUAGCUCAAGGUUCCAUCUAUUCCCAAAGGAAUGUAACCAAUACAGAAAGUCGUGGUAAAUGAAA